AUGGAUGCCAAUGGCCGAGCUUUCCUGCAGGCAGAUGCACUCUCCCGUGUCAAUGCCUUGGCAGCUCUCCUGUCUGCUAUCACAACAGAGCCAUGGAUAAUCCAUGUUCCGGAAACUCUGUUGCGCCUCACCUCGCCUCAAGCUCGCUUCGUGGUCAAGUAUGACCAGCUAUCGACCAAGGACAUCGACGUUUAUCUUGAUCGAUGUCCGUAUGGCACGUAUGGCACAAGCAGUGGCAGGCGUUGCUUGACCACAAGCGCCGCUGCACAACCGACGAACCCCGAAGGAGCAGUCAUCAAGGAGCCGGUCAUGCAGACACAUGGUGCGAACUAA